ACAACACAAAGAUUUUCCAAAAAUCUUAAAAAGAAUACUAAAGAAAUCAAAAUACCUAUCAUCUCUCUCUAAAGAUAACCUCAUAGUGUCGACAUGGCUUGCGAAAACAAUCUUGUUGUGAAGCAGAUCAUCGACUUAUACGACCAAAUUUCAAAGCUCGAGUGUUUGAAACCUUCAAAAUAUGUCGACACUUUGUUCGGACAACUCGUGUCCACGUGCUUACCCACAGACACAAACAUCGAUGUCACAAAGUUGAGUGAUGAAGUCAAAGACAUGAGAUCUAACCUCAUCAAGCUAUGUGGUGAAGCCGAAGGCUAUUUAGAGCAACACUUCUCCACAAUCUUGGGGUCUUUAGACCAAAACCCACUUGACCAUUUAAACAUCUUUCCUUACUACAACAACUACCUCAAGCUAGGCAAGCUCGAGUUCGAUCUCUUGAGCCAACACUCGAGCCAUGUUCCCAACAAGAUUGCCUUCGUUGGCUCAGGACCGAUGCCUCUCACAUCCAUCGUCUUGGCUAAGUUCCACCUCCCGAACACAACGUUCCACAACUUUGACAUCGAUUCACACGCCAACACACUCGCUUCAAGCCUUGUCUCUCGAGACCCCGACCUCUCAAAACGCAUGGUCUUCCACACAACGGACGUGCUAAACGCUACGGAAGGGCUAGACCAAUACGACGUAGUGUUCUUGGCGGCUCUUGUUGGGAUGGAUAAAGAGGCAAAGGUUAAAGCCAUCGAGCACUUGGAGAAACACAUGGCUCCUGGAGCUGUCCUUAUGUUAAGGAGUGCUCAUGCUCUUAGAGCUUUCUUGUAUCCGAUCGUUGACUCUUCUGAUCUCAAAGGCUUCCAGCUAUUGACCAUCUUUCAUCCCACCGAUGAUGUUGUUAACUCGGUUGUUAUCGCACGUAAGCUAGGUGGUUCGAACAUGAACGGGGUCAAUGGUACUCGUGGCUGCAUGUUCAUGCCUUGUAACUGCUCUAAGGUCCAUGCGAUUAUGAACAAUCGUUGCAAGAAGAUGAUGGUUGAGGAGUUUAGUGCCAUUGAGUAAUCAAAGCAAGUAAUUACUAAACACAUCUCAUAUCUCUUGAGAUUAUGUGUUAAUGUUUUUGUCUUAUAUUAAUCGCUCUUUUUAAUUUCAUGUCAUCUUGUGUGUUUUUCUGACAUGUGUGGUUCGUAUAAGUUGGUGAAUUUUGAGUUCUUUGAUCUUCUCUGUGAACUUUGAAGAUACAGAAGAACUCUUUCUUUGUUCCCUUUUCAUCAUCA